AGCAAAAGCUGUUGUGUGCGAUAAAAAGCGACAGAAGGAAGAGUGGAGGCGUUUAGUUGGAGCUAUGGGGAAGCCUGGUUCACGGCAAGACUUGUCGACAAAAGCCGACCGUAAAUUCGAAAAGAAGCUCGAUUUCUAUGCUAAGGUCAGAGACACAGUUUCUACCUUGACUACCCAGAAAACUAUUGUUAAGAAGAAGAAACUCCGUAGUCGACAGAAGAAACUGAAAGCAUAUGAUCUCUCUACCCUAACAGAGUUCCUACCAGAGCUGAAGGGUGAAGAGAAGCCAACUCCAUCAGAUUUCAAGCGAAAUUGUAAAUCUAUGCGAAAGCUAAUAUUGAAGGAAGGAAAGCAGUUGACUACAGUUCUUAAUCAUCCCGCCUUCCAGUCAGAUGCCUUAGCUGCCAUUCAUCAACACUUAGAGAGAACUCAGCCAGCGAGAGAGGAGGGAAAACCAGAGAAAAGGAAAAACAAAUGUGGGAGCAAGAAGAGGAAAGGUGGGAGCAAGAAGAGAGGAAUGAAAUCUGAUGGUUCAUCUGGACUUCAAUCUAUGGAUAUGUGAGUCAAUAAAUGUGGAAACUUGUCUGUCCACUAUGAUGACUCAAUUUUGUUCAUCCCCUGCCCGGAAUGUUUAAAUGCAGCAAUUUUGAAUAUUCAACUUUCAUUGGUCUCAUUAGUAGAACUUGUCACAGUCCAUGUUCAGUCCCUUUUCAUGCGAUUCUUUUCGUUUGCCUGUACUUAACUUACAACUUUGCUGACUUGAAGCAAUGGAAAGUGAAAAGGAAACAAGGAUGAGAAUCCUUCGGUGUUAGGGAUGCCUGAA